CUGUAGUAGAGAUUUCAAUGUUAAGUUGAUCACUUCAAAGUGGUUGAGUGAAAGGAUGGAGAAAACUGUGAGAGAAAAUCCUACAAUGAAGGUCAUGGACAUUAGGGACAAAGUUACUAGGAAAUGGAAUGUAGGAAUUUCAAGAAAUAUGGCGUUUAGGGCAAGAGCAAUGGCAAGAGAUAAGGUUGAAGGAUCAUUCAAAGAUCAAUAUAGAAGACUUCGCGAUUAUGGUCAUGAGCUGCUGAAAACAAAUCCAGGAACAACAGUAAAAAUCAAAGUUGAUAACAGUAAUGGUGAGGUCAUAUUCCAAAGAUUUUAUGCAUGCUUGAAGGCAUGCAAGGAUAGCUUCAUUUGUUGUAGACCUAUUAUUGGCUUGGAUGGAUGCUUUCUGAAAACCAAGUAUGGAGGGGAGUUACUAACAGCAGUGGGAAGAGAUGGAAACGACCAAAUGAUGCCCAUAGCAUAUGCUAUUGUUGAGGUAGAAAACAAAGACUCCUGGACUUGGUUCUUGGAGCUCCUUAUUGAGGACCUUGGUGGGGCAGCUGUAUGUGCAGGAUGCACAUUUAUUUCAGACCAACAAAAGGGUCUUUUGCCAGCAAUCCAGGAUCUUCUACCUGGUGUAGAACAAAGAUUUUGUGUUAGGCAUUUAUAUUCAAACUUCAGAAAAAAAUUUCCUGGAAAAAACCUUAAACGUCUGAUGUGGCGGGCAGCAACAGCAACACACCCACAACAAUGGGAGACUGAAAUGAGGAAUAUUAGAGACAUAAAUCUUGACGCAUUUAAAUAUCUGAUUGCCAUCCCACCUAGGUUUUGGUCAAGAUCUAGAUUCACCUCUAGAUCACAAUGUGACACUCUUGUCAACAACAUGAGUGAGGCCUUUAAUAGUGUGCUAGUUGAUAGUAGGUCUAAGCCUAUUAUUAGCAUGUUAGAAGACAUAAGGGUUUACAUAAUGAAGAGAUGGGCUGCCAACAGGACAAAGAUCACAUCAUAUCAAGGUUCAAUAUGCCCCAAGAUUUUUAGCAGAUUUCAAAAGGAGUCCUGGUUAACUAGACAUUGGUUACCAAGGUGGUCAAGAGAAAAAUUAUUUGAAGUGAAACAUCUUUCAGAAUUUGGUCAGCAAUUUGUUGUGAAUAUUGACACCAUGGACUGCACAUGUAGAAAAUGGGCAAUUACUGGCAUUCCGUGUACUCAUGCCAUCACUGCAAUGAAGUUUUUGAAUAUAAAUGCAGAAGACUACAUUGGCAACUGGUUUAGGAAGUCUACUUAUGAAGAGACUUACAACACAAUAAUUAACCCUAUCAAUGGACAACAUGUCUGGGAUGUUACACCCUAUGCAGAUAUAUUACCACCAAAGAAGAGGACAAUGCCAGGAAGGCCCAAGAAGAAACGAAGGCUAGAGGAGUGGGAGUUGAAGAAGAAUAACAGUGAAUUAAGAAAGGGUGGCCAGAGGAAAACAUGUGGCAUCUGCAAACAACUUGGACACAACAGAAAAGGCUGUCCACAAAGACCUCCAACAGUAGAGGUUCCUACAGCCCAAUCUUCUCAAGUCACCCAACCUCCAGCAACACAUGUUCCUAUUGGUGACCAAUCUUCUCAAGUCACCCAACCUCCAGCAACUAUGCCUUUAUCUGAUGAAUGAUGUACUGAUCAAUGAUCUAAUGUACUGAUCCUAAAUUUAUAUUUUGUACCAAAUGUUUGCUCUAUCAUUUUGAACACAGUCUGUGCAAAUGUAUUGUUAUGAUGUAUUUUGGAUAUGUAAGACAAUGUUGUUAUCAUU